AUGACCGACACCAUGGAAUACGUCCGCCUUGGAAACUCCGGCCUAAAGAUCUCCAAGAUCGUCUUGGGAACUAUGGGUUUUGGAAGCAAACAAUGGCAAGACUGGGUACUGGAUGAGGAGGAGUCACUGCCGCUCAUCGAACAUGCCUACAAGCUUGGGAUUAACACCUGGGACACGGCCGAUGUCUACUCUCACGGCAAAUCAGAGGAAGUUGUCGGAAAAGCCUUGAGGAAAUACAACAUCCCCCGUAACCGUGUGGUGAUCUUGACCAAGUGUUUCUUCGGUGUUGAUGACGAGGGAAACUUCCCUCCCAUUUCCGCAUCUGCAACUAACGACGGUCCCUUUGUUAACCGUACCGGCUUGUCGCGUAAGCACAUCUUCGACGCAGUCGAUGCUAGCGUCGAACGUCUCGGCACAUACAUUGAUGUGUUGCAGAUCCACCGAUUGGACCGGGAGACUCCUCGCGAGGAGAUCAUGAAAGCGCUGAACGAUGUCGUUGAGAGUGGGAAGGUUCGGUACCUGGGUGCCAGUUCAAUGGCAACCUGGGAGUUCCAAACACUCCAAAACAUCGCCGAGCGAAACGGCUGGCACAAGUUCAUCUCAAUGCAAAACUUCCACAACCUCAUUUUCCGCGAAGAAGAGCGCGAGAUGAUCCCUUACUGCCAAGAUUCUGGCGUGGGCCUGAUCCCCUGGUCACCUAUUGCUCGGGGUGCACUCGCCCGGCCCUGGGGCUCUCGCGGAACGGUGCGCGAGAACAGCGAUGGCGCGCUGAAGAUGUUUGUGCGCACUCGCGAGUCCGAAGCUGACAAGGCUAUUAUUGACCGAGUUGAGGAGCUUGCAAAGAAGAAGGGCGUCAACAUGGCGCAGAUUGCUAUUGCCUGGUCGUUGACUCAUACUGGUGUCAACCCUAUUGUUGGACUUCAUAGUAUUGCUCGGAUCGAUGAGGCGGUUGCUGCUAUCAAGGUGCAGUUGUCUCCGGAAGAGAUCAAAUACCUGGAGGAGCCUUAUGUUCCCAAAGCAGUUACUGCUCUUGAGCGGUAA